UAGUUUUAUAGUGAACCCUGCCGUUUUCGAUUUCUCGCCUCGCAACUCAUCGACAUCGUUCUAUUCCGGUCCAAAAACUCAAAUUCAACCCACCACCAUGACGUCCAUCCCUUCCAAGACUCUGGAGGUCUCGCCCGGGAUAACGUACAGGUACUUUUACUCCCGCGCCGCGCGGGCAGACCUCCCCACCAUCCUCUUCCUCCACGGCUUUCCCUCCACGGCGGCCGACUUCCGCCCGCAGCUCGAACACUUCGCCGCCCGGGGCUGCGGCGAGCUGGAGGUGCCGGUGCUGAUCGUGGGGUUCGGCCGGGACGAGAUGACGGCGGCCGGGCUGCAGGACGAGAUGACGAGGCCGUGGGCGCGGGCGGGGUACCGGUUCGAGGUGCUCGACACGGGCCACUGGGUCAUGCUCGAGGACGCGGCGGGGACGAACCGGCUGUUGGAGGAAUUCGUGGACGGUCUUUCUUGACUCUUUUUCUUUCUUUCUUUUUUUUUUUUUCCUUCCUAGUAGGGGG